GUCAGCGCUCGCUCCGUGUUGAUUGUUGCACAAGCGCUCCGCGCACGCGCACCUCGGCCACAGCGCCAACGCCGCGCCGUGACAAACUAUUUUCCGGACAAAAAUGUUGGUUUUUAUUCCGUAUUGAUAUUGCGUAAACGACAUUACGCGGACUAAUAGAUUUAUUGAUUCGAUCAUUUAGCUCUAUUUAUUUUUCGAUUGAUUAUUAAUAUAAUAAAUAUACAAAAUGGUCAGUAGCAACAAAGACGCAAACGAUCCCAAGAAAGUGCCGCCAAAGAAUCGUGAAAAGAAAAGCAAUAACUAUGUACGGGCAAACUUCAUAUCCCGAGCAUGGUUCGUGUGGAUGAUGCCGACUUUCUGGAGGGGCUACAAGCGGGACCUGUACGACGCGGACCUGACCAAGCCCAAAGACAACCACCUCUCCGACAAGCUGGGGGACCGCCUGGAGAAGAAAUGGCUAGAGGAGAUUGCAUUAGCCAGCAAACAUGGACGAAAACCGUCGCUCCUGCGUGCCAUGGCCAAGACGUUCUGGAUGAGUUUUGCCCCUUCCGGUGUCAUGUUCCUUAUACAGGCUCUUGUGCUAAAACCCUUCCAACCCGUGGCGCUGUCGAUGCUGCUGGCGUACUGGGAGCCGGGCUCGGACAUGACGUACGAGCAGGCCGUGUACUGCGCCAGCUCCGUCAUAUUCAUGUCGCUGCUCAUCGCCUUCCUCAACCACCACGGCGCCUACUCCACCCAGCAGUUCGGCAUGAAAGUGCGCAUCGCGGCUUGCUCGCUCAUCUACAGAAAGGUGAUGCGCAUGAGCUCGGGCGCGCUGGCGCAGACCACGGCCGGGCAGGUGGUGAACCUGCUCUCCAACGACGUGAACCGCUUCGACUACGCGUUCAUCUACUCGCACUUCAUCUGGCUGCUGCCGCUGCAGGUCGUGCUCGUCUGCUACCUCAUCUACAUCAAGAUCGGGUAUGCCGCCAUCGUCGGCGUCAUCGGCAUCGUGCUUCAAACCAUACCAGUGCAAUCUUAUAUGAGUAAAUUGGCCGCUAGGUUACGAAUGAAGACGGCACACAGAACCGACGAGCGUGUCCGAAUUAUGGAUGAAAUUAUUAACGGCAUGCAGGUAAUAAAAAUGUACGCAUGGGAAAAGCCCUUCGAGCAAGUGGUGGCGCUGGCGCGUCGCAACGAGAUCAAGUGCAUCACCCAGGCGUCGUACCUGCGCGGCGUCUACCUCAGCUUCAUGGUGUUCACUGAGCGCCUCACUCUCUACAUCACUCUGCUCUCCUACUCGCUCUUCGGCUUCCAAGUCACGGCUGAUAUCGUAUUCCCUUUGGCGCAAUUCUACAACACCCUCCAAGGCACCCUCUCUAUAAUAAUGUCUAACGCGGUGUCGUUCUUGGCGGAAGCGCUGAUCUCGGUGCAGCGCCUCGAGGCGUUCAUGCUGUUUGAUGAACGCGAAGAUCUUCGUAGUGUGCCUGACGUAGACAUAGCCAAACUUGUACAGAGCGUUGAGAACAAGAGAAACAAUCUAAGCGAAGUGGACCUACGACCCAACACUUUCAAAAGGAUAGACGAAGAGGGAAUCAUUAAUCCGGGAUUCGUGUGCAACGAGAAGAACCUGAUGAGCGUGGUGCCGGCAGCGCCGGUGAGCCCCGACGUGGGCGUGCUUAUCCAGGACGUGUGCGCCAACUGGAUCGAGGACGGGCCCGUCACGCUGCGCAACCUCAACAUCACAGUGCCUAAGGGGAAACUUUGUGCCAUCAUUGGAUCAGUCGGCUCGGGGAAGAGUUCCGUGUUGCAAUUGCUGCUGAACGAGCUGCGGUCGACGAGCGGACGAGUGUACCUGUCGGGGCCGCUCUCGUACGCCAGCCAGGAGCCGUGGCUGUUCGUGGCCACCGUUCGACAGAACAUCCUCUUCGGACUGCCUUACAAUUCCAAAAAGUAUAAGGAAGUGGUGAGAGUGUGUGCUCUGCAAAAAGAUUUUCAACAAUUCCCUCAUGGAGAUCAAACAUUGGUCGGCGAAAGAGGCGCUUCGCUGUCUGGCGGGCAGCGGGCGCGAAUUAAUCUCGCGAGAGCAGUUUAUAGACAGGCGGACAUCUACCUGCUGGACGACCCGCUGUCGGCCGUGGACGCGCACGUGGGCCGGCAGCUGUUCGACGAGUGCAUCUGCGGAUACCUGCGCCACGCCACGCGCGUGCUCGUCACGCACCAGCUCCACUACCUCAAGGCUGCCGAUUACAUCAUUAUUAUGAACAAUGGCUCCGUAGAAGCAAAAGGAACUUACACUGAACUUAUAAACUACGGAAAGGACUUUGCUAAACUUUUGAGUGCUAGUCAAGAAGAUGAUGAAAAAGUUGAAGAGAAGCCGAAACCCAUGUCAAGACGAACGUCAGCCAGACUGUCGACAGCGCGGCGGCCGUCGCUGGCGGAGUCGACGGGCGGCGAGGUGCCGGCGCAGGAGAUGGAGGAAGAGGAGCGCGAGUCGGGCUCGAUGGGCUGGCACGUGUACGGCGCGUACCUGGCCGCCGGCGGCCGCGCGCCGCGCAUCCUCUUCAUGGUUGUGCUGCUCAUCGUGGGCCAGCUCGCCGCCACGCUCUGCGACUACUGGGUCACAUUCUGGACUAAUGAAGUUACUUUAAAGAAAGAGAGGCUAUCUAACAGCACUAUCAAAGAAUACGAUCGCAAUUUGGAGGCGCCAACAAAUACAACGUUUUCAUUAACCAGCUACUUCUCUGGCAUUGAGCUAGAAUCAGACUUAGACAUCCACGCGUACAUCGGUCCGCUGGACACUGCGCAGUACCUAUACGUGUACACAGCUUUGAUUGUGAGCUGCAUCUUCUUCAUCACGGCGCGAGCCUUCAUGUUCUUCAAGGUGUGCAUGACGGCCUCGCGCAACCUGCACAACGACAUGUUCCACUCCAUGCUCCGCGGCGUCAUGCGCUUCUUUGAUACCAACUCGUCAGGUCGCAUUUUGAACAGAUUUUCGAAAGACAUCGGUUCCCUAGAUGAACUGCUUCCUCGGUUCCUCCUGGAAUGUAUCCAGAUCUACUUGGUGAUGUUCAGUAUCCUGGCUCUGAACGCGGCGGCGCUCGUGUGGACUCUACUGCCAACUACGAUCAUCUUGCUCCUGUUUUACGUUAUUCUACAAAUUUAUCUGAAAUCAGCGCAGUCCAUUAAACGUCUAGAAGGAACUACGCGCAGUCCCGUGUUUUCGCACAUGUCAGCUACAUUGAACGGCAUCAGCACUAUACGUUCAGCAGGGGCACAGGAGCGGCUAAUAAAAGAAUUCGAUCGCUUCCAGGAUAUUCACACUUCGACAUGGAGCAGCUACCUAGCAAGUGGAGUGACCCUUGGAUUUUGGCUCGAUUUUAUUUGCGUCAUAUAUUUAGCCAUCGUGAUCGUCGCUUUCCUUGUCAUUGACAGCAAAACCAUCUUCUCCGGCAACGUGGGCUUGGCCAUCUCGCAGACUCUGAUCCUAACCGGAAUGCUGCAGUUCGGCGUGCGACAGACGGCCGAAGUCAUUUCGCAGAUGACGAGCGUUGAGAGAAUAUUGCAAUACACACACAUAGAACGCGAGGCCCUCUGGGAAAAGGGCGUGAAGGAAACUCCGAAGGGCUGGCCGUGGCGUGGCCGCGUCGAGUUCCGCAAUGUUUUUAUGAAGUACAACUCAGAAGAGCUGCCAAUUCUUAAAAAUCUUAACCUAGUCAUUGAAAAUGGAUGGAAGGUGGGAGUUGUGGGGCGCACGGGGGCCGGCAAGUCUUCGCUCAUCAGCUCGCUGUUCCGGCUCGCCAUCGUCGAGGGCGAAGUGCUUAUCGACGACGUGGACACGGCUCAGUUGGCGUUGCAGGAUUUACGAUCCAAGAUCUCCAUCAUACCUCAAGAACCAGUCCUCUUUUCUGCAACAGUACGAUACAAUCUAGACCCGUUCAACUGUUACGACGAUGAGCAACUAUGGAGGGCACUCGAAGCUGUUGAUUUGAAAUUAGCGAUACAUUCACUGGACUUCAAAGUGUCGGAGGGCGGGUCGAACUUCUCGCUCGGCCAGCGACAACUGGUGUGCCUCGCUCGCGCCAUUCUGCGCGGCAACCGCAUCCUAGUGCUCGAUGAGGCUACCGCUAAUGUUGAUCCAAAGACGGAUGAGUUCAUCCAGCGAACCAUCCGCAAGCGCUUCGCGGACUGCACCGUGCUGACGGUGGCGCACCGGCUCAACACCAUCAUGGACUCGGACCGCGUGCUGGUGAUGGACGCGGGCCGCCUGGUCGAGUUCGACCACCCCUACAAACUCCUCAGCAAUCCUGACGGCUACUUCACCAAAAUGGUCAAAGAAACCAGUGACAAAAUGUCAGAACAACUAUUUCAGAUAGCUAAGACUACUUUCCUCAGCAACGGCGGCGUGAUAGAAUAAGCGCCCCGGCCGUCAGAAGUUGUUAAGUUUUUAGUUAUUUUUAGAUUACCUACGUAAAAUUUUUAAGUAGGUAAGUGCUAGAAAGGUAAGAAGUGUCAUACGUUAGGAUUAGAUGUAGCAAGAGUUAUUUUUCAUUUUGUUAUUUGUAAAUCGGAGUUGAAAUGAUAGUAUUUAGUACAAGUUAUUGUCGUCUCCCGAUUAACCGACAAAGACCGGCACAAAGUCGCUAAUGUUGUAAAACUAUAGAUAGAAGGGCAAAUAAUCUUUCGACGUCAACAUUGUUAAGGAAACCCUAAAUCAAUUUUCAAAAUCAUUAAUAAGCCUAAUUCACCUAUCGGUGUCUUAUUUUAUGUUAUAACCUAAGUAAGAAAAUUAACUAAAUCAGGGGAAACAAUUCGUGUAAUUUUGGAAAUUGUAGAGUGAACUAAAAAGUCCUCAAGAAUGGAGGCUGUUCAGUGGGUGUAAGGAUUGCUUUAGAAAUACUUUUUUUUAUUAAUGCUCAAAACUCGAAUAUAUGACUAAUCUUGUGGUGGAAGUGCGUAAUCUGAUUGUACAUUUUCUUAUUGCACUAAACUCUAAAAUUAGUUGAAAAAAUCUGAUAAUAGUUGCAUUGACAUUCGAAUUAAGAGCAAUUUUUUUUAAUUAAUCCCCGUUUAGUAUGUUAAUACCAAAUUUUAAAACUACUUAUAGGAAUUAUUUUCCUUUUAACUAUCCCCCCAAGAAUAUGUGUAUUCGGGUUAAUUUGAGGUUAUUAUUAUUAGGGGUAUCUAGGCAUAACGCUGAGACAUUGUUGAUUCCCCGGCGAUGUCGCUGCGUUUAAUGUCACGUGUCUAUUACAAGUUGACGCUAACGUCACAAAUCGGACAGACAGAGAAGCCUUCACUUCACUAUCAGCAUUUAUUGCAACUGAACUUGUUAUGGUACCAUUUAGUCAAGCUAUGUUUGAUGUCACAAUUAUUUCCAAAAGGUACCUAUGAAACCACACCUGGGCGUUCUCCAAAAUAAAUCUAAUACCUAAUGAGCAAAGCAAUUUUACUUUAAUUUAGCUCUUCCGCGCAAGGUUCAUAUUUAUAAUGUGGAUGCCUAAAUGUUCCAAGUAUUGUAAAUAUACGGUUAUGGACCAGUACAGAUGAAGUGGUUUUAGGUAGUUCUCAAAAUGAAACAAUUAGUACCAGACUCCAGUACAAUUCUAUGAAUAGGUGCUAAGCGCAAACUAAUAGUAAUACAUUGACAAAAAGGCAUAACAAGGGCAAUUCAAAGAAUUCUUUAAAAUGAAUAAUUAUAAUUAUUAUUCAUUUUACUCCUACCCCUUUAUAGUUAUUUUUCUCUAGAACUCGAUAACAUGUAGGUUUUGAGGGAACGAUAAAGAUGUACAUACGCCGCAUAACUGGCCAUCUUACAUAAUUCGAGUUUCAUCACUAUCAAACUAGUUUUUUAAAGCUCAUACAUAUGUAUUUAAUUGGUUGAUGAAACAUUUUAAAAUUCUAUUCGUCAGAAUGUUUGGGCCGACUACGUAAAUUAUACUGAGUGAUCUGAAGUUUGCGAUUUUACUCAUUUUUAUGACCUGUUUUUUUUUCUUAUAGCAACUGCUGUAAAAUAACAAAAACAAAGAAAACAGAAAUGAAUUUAUAUGUAAUAUUCAAACGCACUCACAAAAUUUCAAGAGAUUUGGUAACUCGUUGAGCCAGCAGUGAGUGAAAUUCGUAAUUUGAGUUUUCUCCAACUUGCUCUUGACUGUAGAUUUCUAAUAGGCUUUCCUGUAAUCUUCAGGUAGAAGGCUAUCUCGUGUAUUUUUUGAAAAUUUAUAUAUUACGCCCAGUAGUUAGGGGGGGUGGUUAAUCUCUGCCUAUUUUCUUAAAUUACUUGACUAAAAAUUUUUUUUUUAAUACUUAUAAAAAGCUCUUUCAUUUGAUAUGUAAUACAAUAUAGUUAAAAAAAAAUUGAUUUUUAAUUUUCACUUUUACCCCCCAAAAGUGGUCCCUAUAAUUAAAUUUUCUUAAUUUAAAUUAAAUGUCCGUUUUUGGGUCACAGAUUAACAUACAUAUGUGUGCCAAAUUUCAAGUUAAUCGGUUCAGUAGUUUUGGAGAAAAUUGGCUGUGACAGACGGACAGACAGACGCACGAGUGAUCGUAUAAGGGUUCUAUUUUUCCUUUUUGAGGUACGGAACCCUAAAAACCGGUCAAAGUGAACCUUAGUAUGGUAUAUUUAGGUACUUGAUUAUGGUUUUAGGGUUGCUCUCAAAAGUUGAACGCUGAAAAUUAGUACCUAAUUAUGUCGAACCUAAUAGAUCCUAUUUAUCUUGAAUCUACAACAAAAUUUCAUCCCGAAGUGCUAGGUAGUGGAUACCCUGUCGUGGGCGUCAUUUACACAGUCCCAAAGGAGGCGUGUGUCAUGUUGCAAUUUACGAGUAGAACGUAGAUAUUGUUUACAGUGUGUAUCCAUCUAUCUACGGAACGGAACCCUCGUAGUCCGCGUUCAAGACGCGCAACUUUUUUAAACCUUCUUUAUUUAAGGUAUUUUGCAUGCAUUUUGAGAACGUGAAUUAAUUAGUAUUAAUUUUGCCUACCUAUCUGUACCUAAUUUAUAAAAUAGGUAGGUACAAUUUAAAAUUUGUUAGGUUAGGUUCGCCUUAACUUUUUAUUGUAUUUGUAUUGCCAGUAUCUAAGUAUAUUUGUAGGAACGUCACUGUGUUAUUUAUUUUAGAAUAGAUUGUAUUAUAGUUAAUCGAAUUAAGGUUUUUCUUAAAAUUAAUUCAUCUCUAGAUUGUUUCAACUAAAAACCGACCAUUGUGAAUGCCAUAGAGGAUUUCCUCGAACAAAUAUUAAAUAAGCUCCACCAAUC